AUGGCGCACGAUGGUUUACGUCGUCUUCCUCCUCCACCUCUAUUUACAAUUCGUCCUCCACCUAAACCACCUGGACCUUUAUUUGAACAUUUUCAAACAGUUGAAAUUUUAAAUGGUCAAUGUGUGAGACCAUCAUUGAAUAUUUUUAAUACUUCUUCAACUAUUCUGCAAACACAUGAAGAGCAAAUAAAUUGGCUAAAUCUCUUUCUUCUUAUUUUGGCUAUUAUUAGUGUUAUUUCUUGUAUUAUAAUUGCAAUAUUUAUUUUUAUUUGUCUCAAAAAAUUAAGAAAAGAAGAAUCACAAUACAAAAGUUAUGUCAUGACUGGUUCAAUAUCGUCAAGAAAUCCUCAUCCUCAUCAAUCUGAUCUAUGUACAAGAGCAAGUGAGCAUUAUAAGUGUACAUCGACUACAUUGAAUUGUUGUGAUGAUUAUUAUUCUCAUCAAUUAAUUCCAAUGACAGAAGCCCCAUCACAAUCUGUCAUUUCCCCUCAUCAUAUUGUAAAUUCAACUAAUAAUACUGAUUCUCCAUCAGCAUUAAACAGUGCCGGUGGUGUUGAUAACGCACAAAAUCACCAAUAUGAAUGUAUACCUGAAUGUUUCUUGACAAUGGCCCGUCAUCAUCAUCAUCAUCAUCCGUCAGCUGUAUGUCAUCGUCAACAUCAAUUGUAUCAUAGACCUAAUACGUGUUCGGUACCUUAUGCUACUUUUUCACGCUCAAUACUUCUAUCUCGAGGAGUGACAACAACAAGUACAAGUAAUAGUAGUCAAUGUACAUGUUCUCCUCCGCCAUCAGCAACAAUCGUUCAAGAAGAAUCAUCUAUUCCUUUACUUGACUCAUCUAUUUAUAAAGAAUCUCAUCAGAAAGGAGAACAAUUACCGUCACCACCAAAAUCGAUGAUAAUCGGAUGGACAAGACGAAAUUCAACUAUAUCAACAAAACGAAAAUCGGCUGGUCAUUCUAGUAAUGAACAACGACACAGUUUUCUGUCUCAAUUACGGAAGUCUUCUGUAUUACAAUAA